AACGCGUUUGAUUACAUCGGUCCUAUAAACACAUCGUUAAAAUUUUUGGGAUACGCUCUAGAGUCAUACCUGGUUUCUAGAAACUUAAGAAAACAUAAAGUGUGUAAAGUUUCCAGCAACUCACGGCAAAGUGGAAUAUUUAUUUCUUCUAAAUAGUUUGAUCAUUUUCAAAUUUUUCAUAGAAGUAUUUUCAAACAGCGGAGCAAACAUCGGCACAUGUUAAAUUGAACAAAAUUAUUGAUUUACUGACUGUUUUCUCAGAAGGUUUUCAAUUCACGGAAGAUAUAUUAAAUCAAUUUUCAAGGAGUGUCAUUAAAAAAAAAACAAUUUUUUUAGUAUACUGUUUGUGUACUAAAGCCACAAGCUCCGGGUGAUUUUAAAUUUUUGUGAACCCCGAUCAUUCACAUUGAGCAACAAAUGUCGUGCUCCGAUGAAUACAGUUACUUUAGCUCAGCAGACUUCAUGGCUUCAGCAUUUCACGUGCUUACGUCAAUCGAGGUACCUGUUCAUAUAUUUGUUGGCUAUGUUAUCCUAUUCAAAACUCCAAGUAGAAUGGGAAAUGUGAAAUGGUUCAUGUUUCAUGUUCAUUUUUGGAGCGCUAUUCUAGAUGUGAGCUUCACGUUUCUGGUGACUCCGUACUUUAUUUUUCCCGCAACUGCUGGCUAUUCACUUGGGGCUUUUAUUUGGAUUGGACUAGAUCCUGCGAUUCAGGUGACAGUUUUGGUUGUGGAAAUUGGAUUGACAAUUCUAUCAAUUCUAAUCCUUUUCGAAAAUCGAUAUACAUUUUUGGCGUCAUCAACAAACCACUGGAAACGAGUGCGACAAGCGUCUUUUGUGAUUUUAUAUAUUGUUGCUCUAACUUAUUUUAUACCAUUUAUUUUUCAAGUCCCAGAUCCGGAAAUUUCUGUUCCAGUCGUGCUCAUGCAACUUCCAACUCUGCGAUGCUUCUACAAAGGACCAAUAUUUGUCUUCACCUUGGACUCCACCGUUGUCGCAAGAAUCACAAUGCUAAAGUUAAUUAUCGAGUUCAGUUACCUCGGUCUACUAGUAUACUUGACAUUUCAAAGUCUUAUCAAGCAAACGAAAAACGCUGUACUCUCUCGUAACACCUUGGCUCUCCAGAGAAAAUUUUUCAUUUCAAUCAUAACACAGACAAUUAUUCCAUUUGCAAUUAUUAUUCUCCCAAUUUCAUAUUGUGGGUAUUCUUUAUCUCAAGAAUAUUAUAAUCAAACUUUCAAUAAUAUUGCAUUUAUUAUUAUUUCUUCUCACGGAUUGAUAUCUACUAUUGCGAUACUGCUGAUUCAUGAACCGUAUCGAAAAACAUUAUUUUCAUCGUUCUGCUGUUCUCGGACAACCAGGACACAUCCGACAAACUCUCAGGAUUCAUAA